GCUUUUUGUCUCAUCUCCUUCUUCUUCUCCUUCUCCUUCUCUCUCUCUCUCAAAUCUUGUUUCAGGCGUAACGAAUCGAAUCAUAAACACUUAAGCAGAAACAAAAACUAAACUUUCGAUCUUUUAACCGACCAAAGAUUCGUGGGUUCUUCUUCGUUUCGACAGACUCUGAUCCGUUUUAGCUGUUACGCUCAUCUUUGCUUUUAUACAUCAGACUCUUCUCUUCCUUCUUUAUCUAAGAAAAAUGGGUGUUGAGAAAAUGGUGUGUUUGGCUUCUCGUACGGGUCGUCAGUUUCAGAGAUACAACAAAGGUCGUCGUCAAGUCGUUGGAUGUGUUCCUUACAGAUUCAAGCUAUCUAAUGAUGGUAAAAUCAGUGAUGAAGUAGAAGUUCUUGUUAUCUCUUCCCAAAAAGGUCACGCCUUGAUGUUCCCCAAGGGUGGUUGGGAGCUUGAUGAAUCUGUAGAAGAAGCAGCUUCAAGAGAAUGUCUUGAAGAAGCUGGAGUUCUUGGCAACGUUGAGCAUCAACUUGGGAAAUGGGAUUUUUUAAGUAAAAGCAGAGGAACCUACUAUGAAGGACUAAUGUUCCCUAUGCUUGUUACAGAACAACUUGAGCUUUGGCCUGAACAACAUGUUAGGCAAAGAAUUUGGAUGAAUGUAACUGAAGCAAGAGAAGCUUGUAGAGAUUGGUGGAUGAAAGAAGCAUUAGAUGUUUUGGUUGAGAGACUUUCAUCACCAAUGAAUCAACCAAAGGAAGAGAAGACUAUUUCAAUAUCUAUUGAAACAAUGUGUUGAUGAAGUGAUGAUUGCUAAAUUGCUGAUUGUGAGUGGAGUUUAUGAGCUAAUGGAUCUCUGUAGGUAUAAAAUAGAUGGGUUUCA